AUGGCAAACCUUCCCAAGCAGAUGAAGGCUCUCCGCUACGAGAAGCCCGAGGACUGGUCCAUCGGCGAGGUCCCCCUCCCCGAGCUCCGCCCCAAUGACAUCCUCAUCAAGGUCCCGCGCCCUGGCGGUGUCUGCGGCACUGACCUGCACAUCCACGAGGGCGAGUUCAUCGCCAACGAGCUCUGCAACGAGUGCUUCUACUGCCGCCGCGGCGAGCUCCUCCUCUGCGAAAAGUUUGAGGCCCACGGCGUCACCAUGAACGGCGGCUUCGCCGAGUACUGCGCGUACCCGGCGGGCAAGGUGUUCAAGUUCAGCAACCUCACCGACGUCGACGCGACGCUGCUCGAGCCGGCCUCCUGGGCUUGCAAGGCCUCGAAAAGAUCCGCCCCCCGCCUGGGCUCGAGCGUGCUCGUCGUCUACGGCGUCUACGCCGAGGCCGCCCGCGUCUCCUGGCCGCCGUCCAAGAUUUUCGGCGACGAGAUUACCAUUCUCGGCUCCUUCUCCGAGACCUACAUGUUCCCCGCCACCAUCGACUACCUCGACAGCGGCAAGGUCCGCACCGCCGGCAUCGUCAACAAGACGUUCCGCCUCGAGCAGUUCGGCGAGGCCCUCGAGAGCAUCCGCAACAAGAGCGCCAUCAAGGCCGCCAUUGUCUUUGACGACGCCACCGGCGUGUAA